UACAGGGGAUGACCAGAGACUGUGGACACAGUGCAGGAGAUGACCAGAGACUGCGGACACAGUACAGGGGAUGACCAGAGACUGCAGACAGUGCAUGGAAUGACCAGAGACUGCGGACACAGUGCAGGGGAUGACCAGAGACUGCAGACAACAGUGCAGGGAAUGACCAGAGACUGCAGACAGUACAGGGAUGACCAGAGACUGCAGACAGUGCAGGGAAUGACCAGAGACUGCAGACAGUACAGGGGAUGACCAGAGACUGCAGACAGUGCAGGGAAUGACCAGAGACUGCGGACAGUGCAGG